ACACAUGUUUUGGAAGAAGUUUUGGUUUCAAGUUGUGAAAGAAGCAGCCCUUGGCUGACUUGUUUCAAGUUGUGAAUGAAACAGCCUUUGGCUGACUUGUUUUAAGUUGUGAGGAAAGAAAGUUGUGUUUCCUGUCUCAUGUAUUCCUUAUAGCAGCAGGAGAAGAACACACACAACAAAUAUGACAUCUUCCGGCAUCCGAAUUAAGUUGGAGAGGGAAGAGCCAAGUGUUGACGUAGAUGCAGCUCGUGGGCGAUUUGAUGCAGCUCUUCAGGGUUUACUUCAGAAGGACGAAGAGUCUGAUUCAGAAAAUGAGUCGGAUAAUGAUAAUAAAACUAAAGUAUUUACAAAGAUUGGUUUAACAAAUGCUCGAAGCUCUCGUCCUCCAAGAAAGCGGCGACGGAAGGAGAUAGAUUUGAGAGAUUCUGGUUUCCACCACACUUUUGUCAUGCGCAUGUUUGAUCGCAGUGUUGACUUGGCCCAGUUUGAUGAAACAUCUCCUCUGUAUCCUAUUUGCCGUGCCUGGAUGAUUAACCAGCCACAUAACUCCAGUCUUAAUGUAAAACAAGAACCAAGCAGCCCCAGCACAGAAAUGUUUAACAGUACUGAGGGUAGCCAUGAUGGAGACUUUGCCACAGAAAUCUUGUCUGAUGGUCCUCCCAAUACUGCUCUCGGCAACAAGAUGCCUCCCCCAGAACCCUGGGCAACUGAUAUGCUGCAGAGAGAUCCAAGGAUUCCUGAACCGAUUCCACAUCCUCCCAAUAAACUCAAUGAAAUCAAUGAGUGUGAGAAUACACCAACAGGUCUGCUGUUGACUGAACACCUCAAGAGAUGGCGGCAAAUUCGUAACCUUUGGAGAAAUGCUGCUAAAUCUAAUGACCAACGCUACCAAGGUUCAUAUAACAUUCUUAAGGCCAUGUUUGAUAGAUGGACAUAAGAAGCAAGCUGAGAAGACCAUAUUUAGGUACAGUCCUCUAUAUUUCAUCCUGUAAAUGUAUUUAAGAAGCAAGUAAAGAAGGUGGACAAAGCAGUUUACAAACACAGGCUACUGUCUGGCCAGAUGAAUCCAAGAGCAGGUCAUGGAGACAGAUUCCCACUAUUGUGAACUCGGUGGAGAGAUGGAACACCCAGAGAAGGCUAGGAAGCUAGGGCCCUCAUUAUCGAUGGCUCACCAAGCAAGAGGCUACUUCCGCUACAGGACAAAAGCCUUGGAUAUAACAGGGAAUCCUAAUCCCCUGCAAGUGACAGCGAAGUCAAGCAGCUAUGCCAUGCAUAGAAUGGAACUACUUUCUGGCUGGAAUAAAAUCCCAGAGAAGGCCAGGUAAUCAGCCCUAUUACAACCACCAACGAAUCAGAGUGAGCAAGAUGUAGGCCAGUUUCAGAGAGGCCACUUUUUGGCAGAAGGAAAACAUUGGAGAAAACCAGAGUGCAAGAGUAAAUUUCAGUGACAUCUAGGCAAACAAGAAAUUGUGCCAUGCAUAAGAAAGGUGUAGGGUAGCUGUUCUUAUACUGGAUUAAAAUCAUUGAAGAGGCCAGGGAGCUACAGCUUUCACACUUUAUCACUUCAUAACCAUGAGACUCAUGGGAAAAGGGGACUAGACUGAACAUCUAAGGGCCAGUAAGUUCGAACCACCCAACAUUGAGGCCUUUGUAGUUAUAUGCCUUUCUGGGCUGACCCCCUUCAGUAUCUUCCGUAAGCUAUGCUUUUUGGGCUACAGAGCUCUGACAUUGUGCCAGGCCCUGAGACUUACACUGGCUUACUGGUAACCAGGACCAGAAUCUGGGUCAAAGAGGUAAUGGGGCUCAAAGAUUGACUUAAACUAAGUAAAAUUGUCCAGAUAAUCCAAGCAAAAGCAAAAAUCACUGCUUGAAUUAACAGAUAAAUUUAUGAGAAAACAAAACAAAGGGUGGUUGACAAUGGGUGAUUAUUCUAUGCCCUAACUCUGAUACCAUUGCCUCCAGGUUGCAGCCCAGGUCAUCUUGAGUUCUGAUCCAUCAAUGUUAUGGGGUUCAUUUUUAGUUGUGUGUGCUUGUGUGUGUUGUGCCUGGCUAUGGGUCGUGUGUGUGUUUGGGUGACUUGCUCGUUAGCCAAGUUUACACUUGCUUUGCAUUAAAUGAUUCUUUCUAGUUAGUGACUUUAUAUGCUAUUCCAUGCUGUCUAAUUGUUAGUGAUAGGUGUUUAAUUACCUGACAAAGCUUUCCUUUUGCAUUGAUGACAAGGCAGCCAUUUAACCUGCAUCCAAGAGGUUUCCUUACCUCAUUUUCUCUGUUGGUUGGGUUGUGUUGAAUCCCUCACCAAGUUUAGAUCUGAACAUUGCUGCCUUCAGCUUUCCAGGAUGUGUUGUUGUGUUUUUGGACACCGAUGGUUCAUUCUGCUUUUAGAUUCCCUUGGUAGAUUUGGUAGCAGCUGCGUAGGUGGAAGGGGAUGUGGUUUCUGACACUAGUCCUUCAUCCUCUGUGAUAGGAAAUGGUACCAGGGAUUAUGGAUUUGCUGUGGAGGGUUCUUGGCUGCCUUUUGACUGUUUUUGAUAGUCUUUAUUCCUGUCUGAAUGUUUACUCAGGUAAAGAACUUCUUCUGUUGUCCGUCUCAUAUUGAACUUUACUCCUUACAGGUGAGGUUCCUAAUCCCAGUUCUGGACUUUGAUUUGGCCCUUUCCUCUGGUUUCUACAGUCAUUUCUUCCUUCGCAUUGGACUUGGCAGGACUUUCUUUGGUUCCUGCUUUUUAAGGCUGUUUCUGAACGGAAUUCAAACUCAUUCAGGUUCAAAACCUCUGCUACUUCCUGGUUGUGGUAUGAAGCCCAUUUCUUUCUGGCUAGCAGACAACCACGUUUUUGUGUGGAGGGGGAAAAAUUGGUAUCCUUCUUGGGUUAGUCCUCAGUAACUUCAUGGACCAUUGACUCAGGUAUUGAGACACAUCUGAGCUUGGGCAGACCUACUAAACACUAGGAGCAGAAUUUGGUGUGUUUAUAGAGGUGGGGAAACAUGGAGAUCGGAGAUGACCCAAAACAAUUUGCAAGUUGCCUGUGGCCUUAAUUGUUGUGGACCACAUGGUCCACAUGUGGUCCACAGCAAGUUAUGUUCCAUCUACUUGCUCUGUCAUUAAUGACACUACUCUCUUGGCAUUUGUCUUUAUUCCGAUAGGGUUUCUUCCCUAAGCACUUUUUUAUGGUAGUCUCCAGAAGUAAGGAAACAUCUGAAUGCCUGAGAUUUCUGCUCUAAUGUUUUGCUCUUUCCUGUGGGAUUUCGAGUUCUUUACAGGUCUCUCAUGAGUGAGGCAGGAUCCCAGUGUGGCCUGGGAUACCAUCUGGUUACAGUUUUCUUUGCGUUUUUCAGUCGAGUUCUGAUUGUCAUGAUCGUCUUUUCUCUUUGAGGGAACCAGAUUCUGGUUGUAGUUGCUGGUUAGUCAGUUCAGGGACCCAAAUCUUAUUGACAUGGCAUAAUCUGGAUUCUCUGCAGUGCAGAGUAUCAAUGUAUAAAUUCAGGAAAGCUACCAAGGAACUGGCCAAAAUUGAAAAAAUCCUUACAUCAAAUGCAUUAGUUUUUCAGUGAAUAUGAACUGAAUUGCACUGGGGAGACUUUUUUUAGUUUUAAUUAUAUUGUACUGUAUUUUUAAUUACAAUAUAUUCAAAUUUUUGUGGAUUCUUUGUUUUAAUAUCUUCAAAAUACUUUACAAGUCUUGAGAAAAAAUAUCAAAUAGAAAACACUGUACAAUAGCUGCAUAAAUUUUGUAAGUACCUCUUGGGAUCAUAGAGUACCCUGUAUACAACCAAAUUAUUUAAAUUUACCAACCCUGCUUUGACAGUUUAUGGGGCUUAAUAACACUGUGGCAUUCCGGACCGUAAACAUUCCGGCCACUUUAGGGACCCUGCUCAGCCAAGUGUAAAAUGUUUAGAACAAUUUUACAUUUCCCAAAUUAUUUGUUUGGUUAAAACUUAUAAAUGUGGUGUCAAAAUGUUCGCAAAUAAAUUCUCAAGUGUAUACAGUAGAUGCAAAAUGAGAUGUAUGUAUUUAUAACAGAUUAUGUGCGACAGCAUUGAAUAUACAAAUGUUUAUGAACAUUUCAAUGUUCAGUUAUUAUUCAACCUAAAUAAAAAAUUAAAAUGUGGAAAUGUGUACAUGUUAUUGGUCUAUACAGCUGAGAAAAGAAAAGAAUCAUAACUUUUAUUAUAUCUAUUCCAUAAUUUACAAACUCCAAAUUUUAUGUAUGAAUUUACAGACUGCUCCUAUGACCGUUUGGAAAAAUAUUAUAUAUUUUUUUCUUGGCAGAGAUUUGUUAAGUUAUAAUUUUUUGUUUGCAUAUAUGUAUUCUCAAAUAACUAUUCUUUCAUAUGGAAAAAGAACAAAUGCAAGAAAAGUCAGCUGAAUUUUAAUGGUAAUAAUACACAGAGAGACCGCAUACCAUCACUUAAGGGUCCCGCCGACUGUAAAUGUUCACAAUAAAUUUGAUGAUUAACUUUAUUUUUAAUGCUACAAAGUUAAUAUUUGGUCUGGAUGUUACCCAAUGUGUCUUCUGUCGGAUAGUAGAAAAAAUGUACUUUGAGUUCCCUCAUGUUUAAUAUAUGUACCAUGCACCUAAAACGUACCUCUUCCUGGCACAUUUCUGCUUUCUGUUUAUAGAAUGAUGGUCAUGUAAUUAUUGUUAGUACAGUACAAGCUAAAUUAUGACAAAUUGUGGGUAUUUUUCUUACCAGUGGAUGCUGUAGAACAUGUAAGUAUAUUCCUGUAUCCAUCUUCAAUGUAUUUGACUUUCUUGGUAAUUUUAAUUUCCUUGGUAGUUUUCCCCCUUAUAUAUUAACCUUUUGUGCUCCAUUAUCACUAUCUGCACUCAAUAUUUUCAGCAUAAAAUUUUACGGCAAAGAUGCAAAAAGACAUUGAAUCACAGGAGCAAAAUCCAUCAGUCUGGUAUUGUCACAUGGGAAGGCCUCAUUGGUGAGCGGGAAGCUUUGUGGUUGAUUUAGUUAUGUCUAAGAUGGUGGCUGAAGGCUCUUGCCCACAUAUUGCCUGCAAAAUCUCAACAGGGUUGAUGCAAGUAGAAUUGCUAAGGAAAUCAACUGUGAACACUGAAAAUAUUGAAAGUGGAUGAUGCUUUUUAGCAUCAUCAGUGUGUUUACCGUUGGAUGCUAAUGUUUAAUUAGUGUUUACCUCAUAAUUUUUAUUUUAUAUUUUUUUUUGUAAAUAUCUUGAUGUCAUAUUGUGAUUGCUUGUAUUUUAUGACCUAAAAAUGUACAGUACUCUAUUUUUUUUUUUAAACGCUAUCAUUUUAGUGAUGGAUAUGGCUUAUGUUUUAUGAGAAAUGUUGAUUCUGGAAAUAUUCCUAAAAUAUUUUGUCUUGUGGGCUUUAAAGCUCACUAAAUGAGGCUUAAAAAAAAAUUAUGCAGUACUUUGGGCUCCUCAAUUAUAAUACUAUUCCUGUUCCACAUUGUUAUACUGUAUUUUUAUGUUCACUGAAAUAAAAUUUGCAGAAUAAAAGUUUUGAAUAAACGAUUUGAAUACAAUUGUCCUACAAGAUAUACUUGAGUAAGGUAGGGGAAACCCUGUUUUCAGUUCCUCCUAUGUAAAUGAUCCAUUACCUAUGCAGACGAUGAGUCACAAUAACGUGGCUGAAGAAACGAUGAACAAACCACACAUCAGAAGAUGGAGACGACGACGAUGUUUCGGUCUAUCCUGGACCAUUAUCAAGUCAUAUGUGAAUAUACGACAUCAAAAUAUGUGAGAAAUGUUGUAGUUUCUCCAUCUUCUGACAUGUGGUUUGGUCAUCGUCUAUUAACUUGUUUGCUGUGCCUUCUAAAGUGAGGAAGUCAUGUUCAAUAAAAUCAAAGAAUGAAUUAAUCCGUAAUAAUGAUAGAUUUUAUUGUAAAGCCCUUGGAAAAGUAAAGUAAUCAGAUGUCUUGCUGGUGGCUAUAUUGUGCUUUUAAAGGUCCUGAAACUUUGGAGCAUCUUUGAUCACCACACAAAACAUUGUGUGGUGAAAGCUUUGUAGGAAAACAAAGACAAAACUAACAUUUUGUGUCAUUUAUUUCACAAUCUGUUGCAUUAUUUUCAGAAUCACUAUCUGAACGCAUAAUUAAUUGGUUUGAAAUGUAUAUGAAAAAUGCAUUGACGAGACUUGCAGGGUUCCCAGUGUUGAGAUAGGAAGCCUGUUAUCAAGGUCUCCCUAGGCCAACCAUUGACGUUUCCCA